AUGAGCUCUCCCUUCGACAUCAAUGGCGGUGCCUGCGUUGCCAUGGUGGGCAAGGACUGCGUCGCGAUUGCCUGUGAUCUCCGCCUGGGUAUGCAGGCCCUGACCGUCUCCAACAACUUCCCCAAGAUCUUCAACUACGGCCCCCAGACCUUCCUCGGUUUGACCGGUCUGGCCACCGAUGUCUCGACCGUCUCGGAUCUUUUCCGCUACAAGGUCAACAUGUACCGACUCCGUGAGGAACGGAACAUCGCCCCCCAGACCCUAGCCAACCUGGUCAGUUCAUCGCUGUACGAGAAGCGAUUCGGACCUUUCUUCGUCAGCCCCGUGGUGGCUGGUAUCAACCAGACGACGGGCAAGCCUUUCAUCUGCGGGUUCGACAGCAUCGGGUGUAUCGAUUUUGCAAAGGACUUCAUCGUGAGCGGGACGGCUAGCGAGCAGCUGUUUGGUACUUGUGAGAGCCUGUGGGAGCCGGGUCUGGAGGCCGAUGAUCUGUUCGAAACCAUUUCUCAGGCCCUCCUCAGUGCCGUCGACCGAGACGCCCUCUCCGGUUGGGGUGCCCAAGUAUACAUUAUAGAGAAAGACAAGGUGACCAAGCGGUUAUUGAAGGGAAGACAGGACUAG